AUGUCGCAAUCGCAAAAACCUCGCAAGCUUCAGCGUGUCUCUAAGGCCUGUCAGUUACACCCCCUCUUUCUGAUGCGCACAUUCUCCACUCAUCACUUGGCGGGAUGCGACUUCUGCAAUAGGCGCAGUAUCAAAUGUGGAAAGAGUGAAGAUCAACUUGGCAGGUGCCAAAAUUGCGCGGACUUUGAUGUCCCUUGUACCUUUGAUCGCCCGGCUAAACGCCGCGGCGUGAAAGCCGGUACCAGGGUCGUUCCCGUGACAGCCCGAACCCAAGCUUGA